AUGAAAAGUGAGCAAGACCUAAUCGAAACCCUAAAUUACAGUCGUCACCGUUGUUGUGAUGUCACUGCCGCCACUGGCACCACCACCGCUACAGCCAUUCAUCUCCUUGCUGCUAGCGCUAAUGCCACCACGUGCUUCGAUAAUCUCUUUUCCCGUUUUCUCUUCUGUCGAUCCGUCACCUCAUGUCGCGACACGUACAUAGAAGAAGACAUCUUCAACAAGAGCAACCUCCUACUAGAGGUGAUCCCUGUUCACAAGAAGGUUCCUGUUCUUGUUCAUGGUAACAAGGAAAUUGCUGAGUCCUUCGUCAUCCUUGACUACAUGGAUGAAACAUGGAAGCUAUAUCCACUUCUACCUCAAGAUCCUUAUGAAACAGCUCUUGUACGUUUUUGGAUCAAGUUUGCUGAUGAAAAGGUUAUGCACGGUGGAUAUGUUGCAAUUAUAUCAAUUGGGGAAGAGCAGAAAAAGAGAUUGAAGGCUAUUGAAUAG